GGGAGGCGGGGGGGCACUAGGCGCCCUUCGCUCACUCCCUCCCUCCUGAGGAGCUGCCGCCGCUGCCGCCGCUCUGCCGCCGCCGCCGCUCCCGCCGCCAUUUUGGGUUUCGCUUUGCGGAGGGGGAGACGAUCCCCGUCUCAGUUGCGGGACCCGCCUCCCCUCAGUUUCCCCCCCCUUUAGCCGUAGGCCUUUCCCUUCGCCUCUCUCGCAUCUCCGCCAGUCCGCUUACCCGCUGGCCGCCUCCUGACAAGCGGGAGAAAUCCGUUGUGGACCAAGGGAAAGCGGAGGCGCCUGGCUGCCACCCCCUCUUCCCCACUUCCCUGCACUCAUCGCUUUCAGCCUCGGCCUCUGACACGGUUUGAUAUGAAGCGGUUGGAAGAUUUUGAGCAGGAAGUGACGUAUGUGAACUUUGAAAGCGAAUACGUGCAGGUGAAUAAAUGAUUUGACUUCUUUGUGGAAAACACUGAAAUUCUAUUUUGCAUUUAUAAAUAUUGAAGUUCCUGGUAUUCUUUCAUGACAAACAAAAAAUUGUAGAAAACUUUAAAAAUAAAAAGAGAUGCUGGUUGCAAGUUUUGGAAAACCCUAUUUUUUUAUGGAACACAGUUCUGUAAAGUUUUUGUAAGAUUCCUUGGCAAUAACAUACACUUGUGAUGGACCCUAGAAAUACUGCUAUGUUAGGAUUGGGUUCUGAUUCCGAAGGUUUUUCAAGAAAGAGUCCUUCUGCCAUCAAUACUGGCACUCUGGUCAGCAAGAGAGAAGUAGAAAUAGAGAACAGCACAAAGGAGGAAGAGGACCUUCGAAAGCGGAAUUGGGAAAGAAACAUUGAAGCAGGAAAUGAGGAUGGUUUGACUGAGGCACAGCAACAGUUUUCAGUGAAAGAAACAAACUUUUCAGAGGGAAAUUUAAAAUUAAAAAUCGGCCUUCAGGCUAAGAGAACUAAAAAACCUCCCAAGAACUUGGAGAAUUAUGUGUGUCGACCUGCCAUAAAAACAACUAUCAAGCACCCAAGGAAAGCACUUAAAAGCGGGAAGAUGACAGAUGAAAAGAAUGAACAUUGUCCUUCAAAACGGGAGCCUUCAAAGUUUUACAAGAAAGCAGGUGAUGUUGCAGCCAUUGAAUGCCAAUCAGAAGAAAGCAUGCAUCUUCAUUCACAGGGAGAAAACAAUCAUUUGUCUAAGAAACUUUCUCCAGUACACUCAGAAAUGGGAGACUACAUUAAUGCAACACCAUCUACUCUUGUUGGUAACCGGGAUCCUGAUAUAAAGGAUAGAGCAUUACUUAAUGGAGGAAAUAGUGUAACAGAAAAGUUGGCACAGCUCAUUGCUACUUGUCCUCCUUCCAAGUCUUCCAAGACAAAACUGAAGAAGUUAGGAACUGGCACUACAGCAGGUUUGGUUAGCAAAGAUUUGAUCAGGAAAGCAGGUGUUGGCUCUGUUGCUGGAAUAAUUCAUAAGGACUUAAUAAAAAAGCCAGCUAUCAGCACAACAGUCGGAUUGGUAACUAAAGAUCCUGGAAAAAAGCCUGUGUUUAAUGCAGCAGUAGGAUUGGUCAAUAAGGAUUCUGUGAAAAAACUGGGAACUGGCACUACAGCGGUAUUCAUUAAUAAAGACUUAGGCAAAAAGCCAGGGGCUAUCACUACGGUAGGACUGCUAAGCAAAGAUUCAGGAAAGAAGCUAGGACUUGGUAUUGUUCCAGGUUUAGUGAAUAAGGAGUCUGGCAAGAAAUUAGGACUUGGCACUGUGGUUGGACUGGUUAAUAAGGACUUGGGAAGGAAAUUGGGUUCUACUGUUGGCCUAGUGGCCAAGGAUUGUGCAAAGAAGAUUGUAGCAAGUUCAGCAAUGGGUUUGGUUAGUAAGGACAUUGGAAAGAAACUAGUGAGUUGUCCUGUGGCAGGACUGGUCAGUAAAGAUGCCAUCAACCUUAAAUCUGAAGCACUGCUCUCUACUCAGGAACCACUGAAGGCUUCUUGCAGUACAAACACCAAUGAUCAUGAAAAUCAAGAACUUUCUGAAUCACUGAAAGACAGUGCUACCAGCAAAACUUUUGAGAAGAAUGUUAUACGGCAGAAUAAAGAAAGCAUAUUGGAAAAGUUCUCAGUCCGAAAAGAAAUCAUUAAUUUAGAGAAAGAACUAUAUAAUGAAGGAACAUGCAUUCAGCAAGACAGUUUCUCACCCAGUGAAAGGGGCUCUUUUGAAACCUCAAAGCAUGAAAAGCAACCUCCCGUAUAUUGCACUUCUCCAGACUUUCAAAUGGGAGGUGCUUCUGAUGCAUCUACAGCUAAAUCCCCUUUUAGUGCAGUAGGAGAAAGCAGUCUCCCUUCCCCAUCACCUACUGUACCUAUUAAUCCUUUAACCAGAAGUCCCCCUGAAACUUCUUCACAGUUGGCUCCUAAUCCGUUACUUUUAAGUCCUACCACAGAGCUAAUGGAAGAAAUUUCUGAAUCUGUUGGAAACAACCAGUUUACUUCUGAAAGUACCCACUUGAAUGUCAGCCAUAGGUCAAUGGGUCACAGCAUAAGUAUUGAGUGUAAAGGGAUUGAUAAAGAGAUAAGUGAUUCAAAAACUACCCACAUAGAUAUUCCAAGAAUAAGCUCUUCCCUGGGAAAAAAGCCAAGUUUGACUUCUGAAUCCAGUAUUCAUACGAUUACUCCAUCAGUUGUUAACUUCACUAGUUUAUUUAGUAACAAACCUUUUUUAAAGCUUGGUGCAGUUACUGCAUCAGACAAACACUGCCAAGUUGCUGAAAGCCUAAGUACUAGUUUGCAGUCCAAACCAUUAAAAAAAAGAAAAGGAAGAAAACCUCGAUGGACUAAAGUGGUGGCAAGAAGCACAUGCCGGUCUCCAAAAGGGCUAGAAUUAGAAAGAUCAGAGCUCUUUAAAAAUGUUUCGUGUAGCUCACUAUCAAAUAGUAAUUCUGAGCCCACCAAGUUUAUGAAAAAUAUUGGAUCAUCUUCAUUUGUUGAUCAUGACUUCCUUAAACGACGAUUGCCAAAGUUGAGUAAAUCCACAGCUCCCUCUCUUGCUCUCUUAACUGAUAGUGAAAAACCAUCUCAUAAGUCUUUUGCUACUCACAAACUAUCCUCUAGUAUGUGUGUCUCUAGUGACCUUUUGUCAGAUAUUUAUAAGCCCAAAAGAGGAAGACCUAAAUCUAAGGAAAUGCCUCAACUAGAAGGUCCACCUAAACGGACUUUAAAAAUCCCUGCCUCCAAAGUUUUUUCCUUACAGUCUAAGGAAGAACAAGAACCCCCAAUUUUACAGCCAGAAAUUGAAAUUCCUUCCUUCAAACAAAGUUUGUCUGUAUCUCCUUUUCCAAAAAAGAGAGGCAGACCUAAGAGGCAAAUGCGGUCACCAGUCAAGAUGAAGCCACCUGUACUGUCAGUGGCUCCAUUUGUUGCCACAGAAAGUCCAAGCAAGCUGGAGUCUGAAAGUGAAAACCAUAGAAGUAGCAGUGAUUUCUUCGAGAGUGAGGAUCAACUUCAGGAUCCAGAUGACUUGGAUGAUAGUCAUAGGCCAAGUGUCUGUAGUAUGAGUGACCUUGAGAUGGAACCAGAUAAAACAAUUACCAAGAGAAACAAUGGACAACUGAUGAAAACAAUUAUUCGCAAAAUAAAUAAAAUGAAGACUUUAAAGAGAAAGAAACUGUUAAAUCAGAUUCUUUCAAGUUCUGUAGAACCAAGUAAUAAAGGGAAAGUGCAAUCCAAACUCCAUAACACGGUAUCAAGUCUUGCUGCCACAUUUGGCUCUAAAUUGGGCCAGCAGAUUAAUGUCAGCAAAAAAGGAACCAUUUACAUAGGAAAGAGAAGGGGUCGCAAACCAAAAACUGUCUUAAAUGGCAUUCUUUCUGGUAGCCCUACCAGCCUUGCUGUUCUUGAGCAAACAGCUCAGCAGGCAGCCGGGUCAGCAUUAGGACAGAUCCUUCCCCCUUUAUUGCCUUCAUCUGCUAGUAGUUCUGAGCUUCUUCCAUCACCUAUUUGCUCUCAGUCUUCUGGGACUAGUGGAGGUCAGAGCCCUGUGAGUAGUGAUGCAGGCUUUGUUGAACCCAGUUCGGUGCCAUAUUUGCAUUUGCAUUCCAGACAGAGCAGUAUGAUUCAGACUCUUGCAAUGAAGAAGGCUUCAAAGGGGAGGAGGCGGUUAUCUCCUCCUACUUUGUUGCCAAAUUCUCCUUCGCACUUGAGUGAACUCACAUCUCUGAAAGAAGCCACUCCUUCCCCCAUUAGUGAGUCUCAUAGUGAUGAGACCAUUCCCUCUGAUAGUGGCAUUGGAACAGAUAACAACAGCACAUCAGAUAGGGCAGAGAAAUUUUGUGGACAAAAAAAGAGGAGGCAUUCUUUUGAACAUGUUUCUCUCAUUCCUCCUGAAACCUCUACAGUCCUAAACAGUCUUAAAGAAAAACAUAAACACAAAUGUAAGCGCAGGAGUCAUGAUUACCUCAGCUAUGACAAGCUGAAAAGGCAGAAACGAAAACGGAAAAAGAAAUAUCCCCAACUUCGAAAUAGACAGGAUCCAGACUUCAUUGCAGAGCUGGAAGAACUAAUAAGCCGUCUUAGUGAAAUUCGGAUAACCCAUCGAAGUCAUCAUUUUAUCCCCCGAGACCUUCUGCCAACUAUCUUUCGAAUCAACUUUAAUAGUUUCUACACACAUCCUUCUUUUCCCUUAGACCCUUUGCACUACAUUAGAAAACCAGACUUGAAAAAGAAAAGAGGAAGACCCCCUAAGAUGAGGGAGGCAAUGGCUGAAAUGCCUUUUAUGCACAGCCUUAGUUUUCCUCUUUCUAGUACUGGAUUCUAUCCCUCUUAUGGCAUGCCUUAUUCUCCUUCACCUCUUACAGCUGCUCCCAUAGGAUUAGGUUACUAUGGAAGGUAUCCCCCCACUCUUUAUCCACCUCCUCCAUCUCCUUCUUUCACCACUCCUCUUCCACCUCCUUCCUAUAUGCAUGCUGGUCAUUUACUUCUCAAUCCCACCAAAUACCAUAAGAAAAAGCAUAAAUUACUUAGACAGGAGGCCUUUCUUACAACCAGCAGGACUCCUCUCCUUUCUAUGAGUACCUACCCCAGUGUACCUCCUGAGAUGGCCUAUGGUUGGAUGGUGGAGCACAAACACAGGCACCGUCACAAACACAGAGAACACCGUUCUUCUGAACAACCCCAAGUUUCCAUGGACACUGGCUCUUCCAGAUCUGUCCUGGAAUCUUUGAAGCGCUAUCGGUUUGGAAAGGAUACUGUUGGAGAGCGAUACAAGCAUAAGGAAAAGCACAGGUGUCACAUGUCCUGCCCUCAUCUCUCUUCUUCAAAGAGCUUAAUAAACAGAGAAGAACAGUGGGUCCACCGAGAGCCUUCAGAAUCUAGUCCAUUAGCCUUGGGAUUGCAAACACCUUUACAAAUUGACUGUUCAGAAAGUUCUCCAAGUUUAUCUCUUGGAGGAUUCACUCCCAACUCUGAGCCAGCUAGCAGUGAUGAACAUACGAACCUUUUCACAAGUGCAAUAGGCAGCUGCAGAGUUUCAAACCCUAACUCCAGUGGCCGGAAGAAAUUAACUGACAGCCCUGGACUCUUUUCUGCACAAGACACUUCACUAAAUCGGCCUCACAGAAAGGAACCACUGCCUUCCAGCGAAAGGGCAAUACAGACUUUGACAGGUUCCCAGUCAACCUCAGAUAAACCCUCCCAGCGGUCUUCAGAGAGCACAAAUUGUAGCCCCACCCGGAAAAGGUCUUCAUCUGAGAGUACUUCUUCAACAGUAAAUGGAGUUUCCUCCCGAAGUCCAAGAUUGGUUGCUUCUGUGGAUGACUCUGUGGAUAGUCUCCUUCAGCGGAUGGUACAACAUGAGGACCAAGAGCCUGUAGAGAAAAACAUUGAUACUGUUAUUGCAACUGCCCCUGUACCACCUUCUUCCAGUCCAGGCCGUAACCACAGCAAGGAGCGAACCCUGGGAAAACCAGAUAAUCUUCUAGUGCCUGCAGUCCCGAGUGACUCUUGCAGUAGUAACAUCUCACUCCUUUCUGAAAAGUUGUCAACAAGCAGCUAUUCUCAUCAUAUAAAGAGAAGUGUAGUGGAAGCUAUGCAGCGCCAAGCUCGGAAAAUGUGCAAUUAUGACAAAAUCUUGGCCACCAAGAAAAACCUGGACCAUGUCAAUAAAAUUUUAAAAGCCAAAAAACUUCAGAGGCAGGCCAGGACAGGGAAUAACUUUGUGAAACGUAGACCGGGUCGACCUCGGAAAUGUCCCCUCCAAGCUGUGGUAUCAAUGCAAGCAUUCCAGGCUGCCCAGUUUGUCAAUCCAGAAUUGAAUGAAGGUGAAGAAGCAGCAGCACUUCACCUCAGUCCUGAUACAGUUACUGAUGUAAUUGAGGCUGUUGUUCAGAGUGUAAACCUGAACUCAGAACAUAAGAAGGGAUUGAAGAGGAAAAAUUGGCUGUUGGAGGAACAGACCAGGAAAAAGCAGAAACCAUUACCAGAGGAAGAGGAGCAAGAAAAUAAUAAAAGCUUUACAGAAGCACCAGUUGAGAUGCCCAGUCCUCUUGAAACCCCAGCCAAACCUCCCGAACCUGAGAGUACCUUGCAACCUGUGCUCUCUCUCAUCCCAAGGGAAAAGAAGGCCCCACGUCCCCCAAAGAAAAAGUAUCAGAAAGCCGGGCUGUAUUCUGACGUUUAUAAAACUACAGACCCAAAGAGCAGAUUAAUCCAAUUAAAGAAAGAGAAGCUGGAGUAUACUCCAGGAGAACAUGAAUAUGGAUUGUUCCCAGCCCCCAUUCAUGUUGGAAAGUAUCUGAGACAAAAGAGAAUUGACUUCCAGCUCCCCUAUGAUAUCCUCUGGCAGUGGAAACACAAUCAGCUAUACAAAAAGCCAGAUGUCCCAUUGUAUAAAAAAAUCCGUUCAAAUGUCUAUGUUGAUGUCAAACCCCUUUCUGGUUACGAGGCUACCACCUGUAAUUGUAAGAAGCCAGAUGAUGACACCAGGAAGGGCUGUGUGGAUGACUGCCUCAAUAGAAUGAUCUUUGCUGAGUGUUCCCCAAAUACUUGUCCCUGUGGUGAGCAGUGCUGUAACCAGAGGAUACAGAGGCAUGAGUGGGUGCAAUGUCUAGAGCGAUUUCGAGCUGAGGAAAAAGGUUGGGGAAUCAGAACCAAAGAACCCCUAAAAGCUGGGCAGUUCAUCAUUGAAUACCUAGGGGAGGUUGUCAGCGAACAGGAGUUCAGAAACAGAAUGAUUGAGCAGUAUCACAAUCACAGUGAUCACUACUGUCUGAACCUGGAUAGUGGGAUGGUGAUUGACAGUUACCGCAUGGGAAAUGAGGCUCGAUUCAUCAACCACAGCUGUGACCCUAAUUGUGAAAUGCAGAAAUGGUCUGUUAAUGGAGUAUAUCGCAUUGGACUCUAUGCACUUAAAGAUAUGCCAGCUGGGACCGAACUCACUUAUGAUUACAACUUUCAUUCCUUCAAUGUUGAGAAACAACAACUCUGUAAGUGUGGCUUUGAGAAAUGUCGAGGAAUCAUUGGAGGCAAGAGUCAACGCAUGAAUGGACUCACCAGCAGCAAAAGCAGCCAGCCUAUGACCACACAUAAGAAGUCUGGACGGUCGAAAGAGAAGAGAAAGUCUAAGCACAAGCUGAAGAAAAGGAGAGGCCAUCUCUCCGAGGAACCCAAUGAAAACAUUAAUACCCCAACAAGAUUGACACCCCAAUUACAGAUGAAGCCAAUGUCCAAUCGAGAGAGGAACUUUGUAUUAAAGCAUCAUGUGUUCUUGGUCCGAAACUGGGAGAAGAUUCGUCAGAAACAGGAGGAAGUAAAGCACACUAAUGAUAAUAUUCACUCAGCAUCAUUAUAUUCCCGCUGGAAUGGCAUCUGCCGAGAUGAUGGGAAUAUUAAGUCUGACGUCUUCAUGACCCAGUUCUCUGCCCUACAGACAGCUCGAUCUGUUCGAACAAGACGGUUGGCAGCUGCAGAAGAAAACAUUGAAGUGGCUCGGGCAGCACGUCUAGCCCAGAUCUUCAAAGAGAUCUGUGAUGGUAUCAUCUCUUACAAAGAUUCUUCCCGAAAAACACUGGCAGCUCCACUUUUGAACCUCCCCCCAAAGAAAAAGAAUGCUGAUUAUUAUGAGAAGAUCUCUGAUCCCCUAGAUCUUAUCACCAUAGAAAAGCAGAUCCUCAUUGGUUAUUAUAAGACAGUGGAAUCUUUUGAUGCUGACAUGCUCAAGGUCUUUCGGAAUGCUGAGAAGUACUACGGGCGUAAAUCCCCAAUUGGAAGAGAUGUUUGCCGCCUCCGAAAGGCCUAUUACAAUGCACGGCAUGAGGCAUCAGCCCAAAUUGAUGAGAUUGUGGGAGAAACAGCAAGUGAGGCAGACAGCAGUGAGACCUCAGUCUCUGAGAAGGAGAAUGGGCAUGAGAAGGACGAUGAUGUUAUCCGCUGUAUCUGUGGCCUGUACAAGGAUGAAGGCCUCAUGAUCCAGUGUGACAAGUGCAUGGUAUGGCAGCACUGUGACUGUAUGGGAGUAAACUCAGAUGUUGAGCACUACCUUUGUGAACAAUGUGACCCAAGGCCUGUGGACAGGGAGGUACCCAUGAUCCCUCGGCCCCACUAUGCCCAACCUGGCUGUGUCUACUUCAUCUGUUUGCUUCGAGAUGACUUGCUGCUUCGUCAAGGUGACUGUGUGUAUCUAAUGAGGGAUAGUCGGCGCACCCCUGAUGGUCACCCAGUCCGUCAGUCCUAUCGACUGUUAUCUCAUAUUAACCGAGAUAAACUUGACAUCUUCCGCAUUGAAAAACUCUGGAAGAAUGAAAAAGAAGAGCGGUUUGCCUUUGGUCACCACUACUUCCGUCCCCAUGAAACCCACCAUUCUCCAUCCCGUCGAUUCUAUCACAAUGAACUGUUUCGGGUACCACUCUAUGAAAUCAUUCCCUUGGAGGCUGUAGUGGGAACCUGUUGUGUGUUGGACCUUUAUACAUAUUGUAAAGGGAGACCCAAAGGAGUGAAGGAGCAAGAUGUAUACAUCUGUGAUUAUCGGCUUGACAAGUCAGCCCACCUGUUUUACAAGAUCCACCGGAACCGCUAUCCUGUCUGCACCAAACCCUAUGCUUUUGAUCACUUCCCCAAGAAGCUCACUCCUAAAAGAGAUUUCUCACCUCAUUAUGUCCCAGACAACUACAAGAGGAACGGAGGGCGAUCAUCUUGGAAAUCCGAGCGCUCAAAGCCACCUCUAAAAGACCUGGGCCAGGAGGACGAUGCUCUACCCUUAAUUGAAGAGGUACUAGCCAAUCAGGAGCAAGCAGCCAAUGAGAUGCCCAGCCUUGACGAGCCAGAACAGGACAGCACCACUGCUGAAGUCAAUGAGAGUGAAAAAAAAACAGAAGAAAGUAGUCAGGAUUCCCAGUCAGUCUGUACCCCUGAGGAACGACGGCAUAACCAAAGGGAACGACUCAACCAGAUCUUACUCAAUCUCCUUGAAAAAAUCCCUGGAAAAAAUGCCAUCGAUGUGACCUACUUGCUGGAGGAAGGAUCAGGCAGGAAACUGCGAAGGCGUACUUUGUUUAUCCCAGAAAACAGCUUUCGGAAGUGACCUUCAAAGAAUGAGAACCUCAAGCAUCUGGGAUUCAGUGGAACUAAUCAGUCCUAUCUCCUGCUCUGUGGGUGUGGACAGGAGCAGGAAAGGGCCAUCCAGGCAAGGGGAAUGGGGUCAUGUCGUUGAUACUAGGUACUUAAACCUUGGAGCCAGUGGAGAGGAAGAGGAAGGAUAUCUGUCUGAGACAGUUCAGUUUAAUUAAUUUUCCUCUCCAUUGCUUCACCCUAAGGGUUUAUAAUGUAGAGAAGAGGGAGGACCACAUUGGGGAAGACCAGAACCUAUUGGUACUUUACAGCACUUGCUUCUCCCCACAGCGUGGGUCUUUCUGAGUCAUCCUCUGAUCCCACAGGCACUAAGAAGCUGCUUCCUAUACCAAGGUAUAACUCAAAAUCCAAAGGGAAAGGGCCAGGAUCCCCAGCUCUACCCCAUUUCUCCUCUGUUGGCUCUAAGAGCUACCCCAGAGACCUAAAACAGAUACAGUUGCUGGGGCGUCUUUUGAGACCUUGACUAGGAAAGUUUCUCUCUCCUUUCUUACCCAACCAGGUCAAAGUAAAACAUGAGUUGACAGCUCAAAGCACUUGUAAUUGCUGCCCCUCUCCCUACCUCUACUCUCCAAAAAUGGAGUCAUGGGAUAGGGGAAGGCCCCUAUGGGGUCAGAAGGGCAGCACUUGUAAUUAUUUUUGUUGUACCCUUCAUAACCUGCCGAACGUAUUUUUUCUGAGAAAGCCAAGUCCCCGCCAGCACACAUGCUGUUUUGAUGCGCUGUGGUUCUUGUGUGUCUGCUGUGCUGUGCAAAUGAAGACUUAUUUCAGGAUAAAAUCAUUUUUAGAACUACAUAAAUUAACUCGAAACCCCUCCUCCAACAACAAUCACUACAUAAACUGUUCAGCAGUAUUCAUCCAUCAAGAGUAUUUGUUGUAAGUGUGGAUUAUCAAUUGAAAACACUACUCCUAUUUUCUUAAUUGUAUAGUUUUGAGUGUCCAUCUCUUCAAGAGACAUGUGUUCUCUUUACCCCAGCCCCAUCUUCCUUCCACCCUCCUGAAUGACUUUGUCAUCAAGAGAUAUAUCCAGGGUCUCCUUCCUUUCCAUUCUCUUGACCAGAAGUUAUCAGACUAUAAUGUCUCUUUAAAAAUAAAAUUUUAAAAGCUUUGCUUUGUCUACUCAGACCUACAUAUGCAUAUACGUUUUAGAUGUUCUUAUAAAAGAUGGUUUUUAAAUGUGCCAAGUUGUAUGUGUAUAUAUAUAUGUGUGUGUGUAUAUAUAUAUAUAUAUGUGUGUGUGUGUGUGUGUGUGUGUGUAUAUAUAUAUAUGCUGCGUGAUUGGUAAGCAAUACAAUAGUAAAACAUGUCCCAAUUACUUUUUUCUAAUAUUGGACCAAUGCUGUCCUAAUUGUACAUUUCCCCUUAUGAUUAUGACGCUCUGACUCGUUUAGAUAGAAACAUUGACCAUCUUCCAUUCCAUCGAUUUUUUUUCUUUUUCUCCUUUCUAUGUCAUUCUUGAGAAAAAAACAAAAAAAACAAGAGGCAGGGGGUGCCAUAGAUCCCCUUGAGCAGAGAAAAAGCGAAAUAAAUAUUUUAUUAAAGAAAAAAGAGAAAUUAAGGAAAUAGUUUGGAGUAUUUUCUUACUGUAGAGAAGCACUGUACAGUACUAAGAGACCUGGGUAUAAGAUACUCACAUGUGGAGCUGGGAAAUCGCAUGUCCAAGCCCGGUUGAGUGGUUUUUUGUUUUUUGUUUUUCAUUGCAGGGAAUGGGUGGGAGGGAGGUGGGACUAGGGGCACUUUGGGGGUCUCCUUUUAGUCAAAAGCAAGAAAAAACAAGAAAGAGAUUAAAUUCAAUGUUUCCUUUAAUAGUGUUAAACACUAAGAUUUUAAAAACAUGAAAAAAAAAAACUUUGUAAAAUGCAAGAACAGAAGCAAAAGACACUACGCUCUGUCAUUUUAUCUUUCUUUUGUUGAAAGACUAAAAACUGAAAUGUUUUUUAGACAAUCAAAUGUUAGGUAAGUGCAAAAACUUGUUUUUCUUACUGGUGUAGAAAUUAAUGCCUUUUUUAUUUUUCAGUUAUUUUAUAAUAACAAAAUAAAAAGAACCCCCAGCUGCCAGGCGGGUUUUGGUGUUUGAAAUGCGGGGCAAAGCACUACAUCACUGCAAAUAGAUACAGUUAGUCUGCAUGUCUGUAGGCUGUGUGAUUGCGGAAAAUAUAAAUGCUGCUAAUAUAUUUCCUUUUUACAAAAGCAUAUCUAAAUAGAUGAUUGUUUUGAUGUUAAUCUUUGUAAAUUAUGUAUUACCAAUUUUAACAUUGGAUGUAAUUGCAUAAAAGCUUGCAUCUCAAUCCUUGAAAGUCUAGUAUUAAAUGGAAAAAACUUUUCCUAACUGCAGCGUGGUGAGCUUGCUAUUUUUUCCUCUUUCCUACCCUCCAUUUAUCUUCCAGCAUCUUCUCCAUCCUAUUUCCAGUGGGAUCUCUCUGAACCCACAUCACCAGCAUCCUGGGCCCCACUUGAGCACACUCAUCACUGUUGACUAUUGGAGAAAGCCAGUUCUUCAGUUCUAGGAUCUUUCUAGUUGGAUCCAGCUGUUUCUCAACAUGCCAUGCUAUUCUGUACAUUCAUCUUUUGUACACACAUGCCUUAUUUAAUACUUAUUAGUAACAUCUGAGGCUGGCAAUAACUUCCACUGAGCUACACCCCAAGCCUGAGGCCACUUUUUUGAGAUAGGGUCAUACUAUCUAGCCCAAGCCCUUGAAUUCAACCCUACUGCCUCAGCCUCCCGUCUCCUGAGUGCUGGGAUUACAGGCAUAUACCAUCACAUCUGGCUCCAAGUCUACAUAUUUAGUCUACACUAUGUAUUAGACCAUUUCUAUCAGAAGAACUUUCCAUGUAUUUAUCAGUCCUCACAACAGCCCUUUUGGUAGAUAACAAAACCCAAUUUCAUACAUGAGGAAACUGAAGCAACCGUUAUGAAUCACGUAACUACUCAGUAUUCACAAUAGCCAUCUGAAGUUACCAUUCCCAUUUUGUAGAAAUAAAAACUAAAGCUUAGGAAGGCUAAGUACCUUGUCAAAGAUUACAUCUUCAUUAGUGUUGGAGCCAGAACCCCAUUCUGUGUGCUCAAAUAGAAAACUUUCAGAAAUAGCCAAAAUGACCCUACUAAUUGUGAAAAUCAACCCAUUCCUGCCAAUGACUGAAAGAACAAAAUUUUGUCCCAGACAAGGGACAGGCAUUUAGCUAGGAGCUCAGAUAGCAUAGUUACUAAGAAGCAGCAAGACAAUUGAGUGCAAGAGCUCAGUCUCUGCUGCUACAACAACCUGGGGUUCAAGACCACAUGAAGGUGCUCACUGUUACAUAACAGUCUUCAUAACUGCAAAAACAAUACAUUAGUGUUAAAUUUUAUCUUUCAUUUUUUAAACCUUUUGUAUCUACUAGAGCUCUUCUGAUCUACAUAUAAUAAUGUUGCAAAACUAAGUUUUUAUCGUUUGACCUAUUUCACAUUCUACAAAGAAAUCCUACUGCUCCAUUCCCACCUGCACAAGGUAAAAACCCAUUAGGCUGUGGUUGCAGAUGUCACAGCAGGCCACAUCACACUGAUGCCCUAGCAGUACUCUGGAUCUCUUUGUAGUUACCACCCACUCUGAAGCCAAGUACUAAGAGUCAGAAGCAGGAAGAGGGCAGGUUGUACCAUAGGAAAUAAAAGCUGUCAUAAGUGUUUCUGAAACUUAAGAAAUCAUGGGCCCCAAGAC